UAGCAGCAGACUCCGACCUUAGAUCUCUGUCUCUUUCUCGGAUCUUCGCAAUAUUCAUGCACUUUUCUCCUGAUAAUCGUCAACAUGUAUUUACACAAGGCAAGCCUUUUCCUGUGCGGAGUUACCAUGCUUCUUGCUUACUCGGCAAGCUUCAAGUUGAACUCAAUCGAUUCGAUGAGCUCGACUGCUCCGUACAGCGAUGGAUGUCAAAGCAGCAAUUCGACAAUCUCUUGUUGUCAAACUAUUUCCGUGUACAGAUUUAGUCAAACAGUUUGUGUGAAUGUGUCAAGCAUGGAUAAACAGAAUGUUCUACCAUUUACACUUUCUGUCAAGGGAGCUCUCUACAUUAGAGACACAUACUCAGACAGCAAGCCACAGCCAUAUUGUUUUGAAUACGAUGACCAAGCAGCAGUGCACCUGUGUGCGAUAUUCUACAACACAACAUUCACUGAGACUCAAGUGAGCGCCUGCUUAAAGCUGAGCAUUCAAGUUCAAGCUCAGAUCAUUAUACCCUUGAAAUGUUUUACUCUUUCAAGGCCUACUGCUAUCACUGUGAGAGGAGAGGACCUGGAAAACAUUGUCACCGAGAUUAUGGUUUAAAAGCAAUGACGGAACUGCAAAUGUUUACUAUCACCGGUUUAGUAGUUCUUUAUUGUUGAAGUUUCUUUUCUAACAAUGUUCCAUGACAAAAAUAACGAGUCCAAGCUACAAAUUGAUACUAAGUUAUAUAAAAUCGCUAUCUUGUUCGAGCUCACUCCCAUUGCUAAGUGUACAUCUAGGUGGCAGUUUGCA